CCGCUCGGCUACUCCGGGCGGCUUACAGUCAGAGGAGCUCGAAAUCUUUAAGCUGGAAAGAAUAUGUCGACGGUGAAAGCGGUGGCAAUCAUCUCCGGCGCAGACAACAUCAAAGGAUUCAUCAACUUCAUUCAACAGCCUGCUGGAGGUACCCAUAUCAAAGGAAGGAUUACUGGGCUGAGCCCCGGACUCCAUGGAUUUCACAUCCAUGCUCUUGGGGACACCACUAAUGGCUGCAAUUCCACUGGACCUCAUUUUAACCCAUUAAAGAAGGAUCAUGGAUCUCCUUUAGAUGACGAGCGGCAUGUGGGUGACCUGGGAAACAUUGUGGCUGACUCAGAUGGGAUUGCUGACAUUUCAAUUGUAGAUGGCCAGAUUCCCUUAACUGGUCAGCAUUCCAUUUUGGGAAGAGCUGUUGUUGUGCAUGCUGAUCCCGAUGAUCUUGGGAAAGGUGGACAUGAACUCAGCAAGACAACUGGCAAUGCAGGUGCAAGAGUUGGAUGUGGUAAUCUCUGAAAUUAUGCUUAUGGAUUGGACACUGCUCUCUCUUGAUUUCAUUUUGAGGUUUUUUAUUUUGAUCAUGUAGAUGACCAUGUGUGAAUUGAGUAGGGUUGUUAUGAUUUGAUUUCCUUUCUCUCCCUG